CACGCAUUCAAUGGUUUAUCCCGGCCCCAAGAAAAUCAAAAUGGCCGCUUCUGUCUAGAAAUCUCUCCCGAGGAUUAUCCGGAAAUCGAAUCCAGAUUGUGCUUCUGGGAUGCCUAAGAAGAGAAAGAGGACGGCGGUGGACUCAGACGAGGACAGUCCACGAGAGGAGGCCCACACGAGAGGUGAGAGUGAUCCGACCCUGCAGGAGGUGACCACAGAGUACCUGAGUCUCCUGGAAUCUAUGAACACAAAAUCCGGCCGAGAUAAGGACCAGAGCUCAGGUGAGGAGAAGAUGGAAGGAGAGGAAGACCAGGAUCGGAGCAGCGAGGGCAGCAGGAAGAAACAAGGCAAAGGAGAACCCCCCAAGAAGAAGUCUCCGUUCGAAAACGCUUUCCAAUCCUUCAUCGAUGAGAGAGACCAGGCGACGUCGGUCUUCGGCGAGCCAAACCGCCAACGCCGGGGGCCCUCAAAAUCCCAGCCCAGUAAGGGGAGUCUGAAAGACGUCAGAAUACGAGGUAGAGAAAGUGACCAGGUAGAAACUGACCAAUCACAGAGUAGUGCUGAUGUGACCGUUGGCCAAUCAGGAGCCAGGAACGGUGGUAGCCGAGCGGACGGAAGCAGUGGCGAGGAUUCGAGCGACGUGGAUGAGAAAGCGGACGGAAAGUCGUUUUUCGAGGCUGCAGACUUUGAGGAAGAAGAGGAAGUAGAUCUUCGUCCCAGGAGGAUGUCAUCAAGACAGGCGGCUCAGAAAGCGCGCACGGUCAUGAAAGACCACGACUCGGAAGAGUCCGACUCGGACGGCGCCGACACAGUGGAACAUCAGAAGGAGUCCAUCCAGAAGGCCUCAGCAGACAGCACAGGUGCUACAGAGACAAAACCUGAGGGCACUGUGCUGACAAGGAGAGGGAAGCAGGCUGGCAGAAAGAGAAGAGCGAAGCGACGCCACUCUGAGGUGGAUGAUGAUGAUGAUAAUGACCCUGAGUGGAACCCCACACAGGAGAAACCCGCACCCGGUCCUCUGGACAAGCCUGCCAAACCCUCAGCGCUGGUAGUUAGCUCGAGUGACGAGGAGAUCUCAGACGACAGCACGAUGCGGCGCGGCCCGGGUCGACCCAGUAACAACGACAAGAAACGGCCGCCGCUGCAGCCCCCGAAGGUCGUUAUCUACCCAAACAAGGUGGUGAAAACAACGGCGUCGUCCUCGGCUUCGGGACAGAAGUACACCACCAUCGUGCAGAAUACUGCUGGUGGCAGACAGAAGCCCACCAGCAGUAACGUUGUCAGCAGUUCCUCCUCUUCAGACAUGAUGACAGACGAACCCCUCAUCCUCUCCGACGCUGAGAGUGAGAGCGAAGAUGAUUCACGUAUGAACUACCUCCGGGAGGAGUUUGUAGUGAACACGGAACAACUGAGUGAUGACAACCACCCCAUCUGGCAAAUCCAGAAAACUCUGCUAAAGAAGUAUGUGCCCUACCAGGACAAGAAACACUGGUACAUCGCCUCCAACAGUUAUCUUGGAUGGUUUGGGUCGGAGAAGUCCAAGUUCCGGCCGGUCCGGUGUCGGUUUGUGCGAAAGGAGAGAAAUGCAGACAUCGUGAAGAUCGUGAAACCACAUCGCUCUGCCAACACAGGAGGCACGGAGGCCGCUCCAGAUACAACUAAUGAGGUCCAGACAUCUCAGCAGUCCUUGGCAGAUUCCUUUAAGAUCUACCUGCAGGCUGCAGUGAGCCAGGUGCUCGACGAUGAGUUCCUUCCCUGUGUCGAGGAAGAGAGAGACGAGUUUUUCCUGACGGCCCUGUGCAGCCUGGACGAACGUCUGGAGGAAGCAAAGCGGGCUGUGUCCGACAACCUCGGCUGGCUGCCCAGAUUUAAGACGCUGGCUGAGACGUGGCCCUUCCUGAGAGAGGAGGAGGGGGAGCCGGCCACUGGGGUUCUGUGUCAGGCAUGUGAGAAGCAGGGCCAUGUUGCAGCCAAGCUCCUUCGUUUGGACGGCCGACCCUACGACAGGCUAACACUCCAGGACAAGGAAACACCAUCCACCAGCUCUGAACAGGAACAGUUGUUGCAGGUAGGCAGAGUGUGCGGAGAGAGGCUGUCCCUCUACCACCGGCUACACCACUACAGAUUCCAGCUCUACAGGCGCUGUAUGGCAAAGGUUGCGACCCUACAGGAGGAGCACCCAGAGUACCCACAGGAGGAGGUGGUACGGCAGAUCCUCAGGAACAUCAGCUGGGUCAAACAGCUGUAUGAGGAGCUGCGAAGUCUCCUGGAGGACUGCCAGGCUGUGAUGUCAACAUAACCAAGGCCGAGGGCUUUCUGCAAGAGAGAGAAUUCUCCAACGUCUGUGGGAGUUACAGCCUCCCUGUGUUAGUCACUGUUACUGUUCUGUUACUGUUACGUACUGCAUGUAUCACAGGGUUGGACAAGUUUUCAAAAAUCUACUUGCCCUGUCAGGCAAGUACAUAGUUAUUUCCACUUGCCCGAGCCAACUUUUCAUUUGUCCAAAAUAUGACGUAUUUCUAUGAAUUUUACUUGCAGAAAGGAAAUUUUAUAUUUCAAUGAAAAAAAAAGCACUUAAUUAAAGUUUAUGAUAUUGCUUGCUUUAUUUACCAAAAUAAGGGCACACGCACUUUGAGACUUCACUGACGAAAGGGCAUAUUUUUUACUUGUAUCAAUGUAAUAUCUUCAUUUGAAAAUGAUGUGUAAUUUUGCUUCAAACACUGCAUUAAAAAACUUUACCUGCCCAAACAGGUAAGUGUAGGGGGAUAUUCACUUGCCUGAACAGUGCAUUUCGUUACCCUGGGCAAGUCGGCAAUUGGACUUGUCCAACCCUGUAUCUGCUUUUCGUUCACACGUUUGUUUGUUGCAAUACGAUGUAUGCCGCCAUGUGCAACCACUAGUAGAAUUAAGUUUUAUCUGGAGAUUCUGAGGUUUUCAAUCCCCUUGAAAAUCCUCAUGAUUCCACCACGUGCAACAGCUAGAAUUAAGUUGUAUUUGGAGAUUCUGAGGUUUGAUUUCUCUUGAAAAUCCUCUAACUGCCUCUGACUGAAGAGCUGUUUUGGAUGGUACGGUGAAGUGGCCCAGUGUGUAACAAGUUAGUUUAACUUUAUUAAAGAAGUCUUUUUAUAAUGAGCAAGCUGGUCUGUGGAAAAAUGUAGGGAGGACAAUAUAUCUGGGAAGGGUGUGGUUUUCCUUGAAAUCCAAAUGUCUGUCUUCAACUGGAAACCUUUUAGACCUAGAGAAGUGGUCUUGUACACUGUACCUGUACACUGUAUCUAGAUUUGUUAAAAUAGUUUUACGAUGACCAGGCUAGUGUGUGGAAAAACUUGAAGCAAGGGAUAUACCAAAGGAAGGAUGUCGUUUUGAAAGAAGAAAAGUUCUGUAUUUUAUUCAAAUGAGGGUAUGUGGGUAGGAUAAGUAAUAGAAAACUCUUGUACAGCUGAAACAACAUUAAACUGCUCGUCCAAAACCUGUGCAUUUGAGCCAGCAGAAUAAUUAACUGUUGGAAAGAAGAAGAAGAUUACCUGUAGUAGAUAGGUUGUGUUAAUUAUCAUGAUGUUUUUCAACAUGAAACAUUGAGUAGUUUGGCACAACUACUGACUUAAAGCACAGCAUUGUCUUAAAAUUCCAAAAUCAACCUGGACAUCAGUGUUAAAAAUUAAUCCUGUACAGCUAUGGCUCGCCUUUUACCUUCCAUUUGUUAGAAGUAUACGCCAGUACAGUAAACCUGUCUAAAAAGCCAGUACAGUGUAUCUUUUGAAAAAGUAUCUUCCAUAAACAUUAGUGAGAAGCUCAGUUUCUAUAACCAGCCUUUGACUUUGUUUGACAUAUUGCACACAAUGCCUUACACUGCACAUGUGUAGUUUAGACUGUGAGCUGGCUUAUUGUUUGCUCUUUAUGUUGUAUAGUUACUAUUGUUGAUCAAUGUGGUCUGAUCUUAGAAACUACUUUUUAACUACGGCCUAGGAAAAAAAACUGUUGUGUUUCCUGUUUCAGUCUUGGAAAAAUUAUGGUCGGUAGGUAGGGAUUAUCUUCUUUUCUUAGACUUUGGAAAUCUCAAUCAAGACCCAACUUAUACAAUACAGUUUAACAAAGUAAAACUUGCAUGAGGACACUUGCUGUCCAUGUCAUGUCAAUGUUGGAAAAAUGAUUGUACUCAGCACAGUGUAUUCUUCACUCAGGUGUCAGAUCAUUGAGCUAGGAAAGGUCGAUCAGCUCAAAAUAUUUAUGUCCCUUGCAGGGGUCCACAAAAAUAAGGCUAGGAUCUACAUGUUUUUCUAGGAUCGUUUGGGAAACAGGAAACAAUUUUUUUUUCUAGGCCCAAAGAAGAAAGUUCCUAUUUAAUUCUACAUGACACCCGUAACAAUGUAAUCCUUAUGCAGUAAUUGGGAAAUAUUGUUAGUGCAAACACAAUAAGGAAAUACAGUUCGAACGUAAAUUUAUUCCUUUU